AUGCAGACAUCAGAACCUUCAUUUCGAUUACUGGGCCCUCUCCUCCCCGCUGGCGCGUCCCUCGAGAGACAGACAAAUGCGCAUCCCCAGGUACCUACCAACUUCGUGAGCAACGGGCGGGCAGCGACUGGCUGGCGGGCAAGACCUGCUGCAUUCACUGUAGGCGCGCGGAACCAGGUGAAACGGCACCUGGACAUGCAUGACGGCAGUCUAGUGCCGGGAUUGGACGACAGCGGUGGGUGGCCCCCUGAUGCUGGUGGGAUGGGAUGGGAUGAGACCCCGGGUUUUGGCUGGUUCCUGGCGAUCGCAGUCCACUCGUCAAAUGUGAAGCACUGA